AUGGGAGAUGGUCUCCUGACAGCUUUGUCGAUCGAGAACCACCAUCACCCCUCGACUCUAUUAUCCAUGGACUCGAGCGCUUCAUCAACUCACGACGAGCUGGACCUCGAGAUGAGCCACCAUCUUAUCCUCACCCGUCCGCCCGACAUCAACUUGCCCCUCUCGAGCCCGCCUCCUCCUCAUCUCUGGGCCCACCCACCCCCCGACAUCCUUGACGUUGGUCUGGGCCCUGCCCAACUUUACGGGCCCGACACUUUUCUUGUCCUUCCGAAACAGACCGGCAAAAAGUGCGGGAAAAGGGUCGACACCAUAUGGGGCGCCUGGUUUUUCUUCAGCUUCUACUUCAAGCCCGUCCUCAACGACAAAUCCAAGGCCAAGAUCGUACGUGACGGUAACGGGCUUUCCGGGUUCGAAAAAUCGGACCUCCAGCUCGACAAUUUCAUGGUCCAGCACGACAUGGAGAAUAUGUACAUGUGGGCUUUUAAAGAGAGGCCCGAAAAUGCCCUCGGCAAAAUGCAGCUUCGGAGCUACAUGAACGGGCAUUCUCGUCAAGGCGAACGCCCCUUCCCGUUUAGUGCCGAAAAGGGUUUUGUAAGAUCUCAUCGUAUGCAGAGGAAACACUACCGAGGCCUCUCGAACCCUCAGUGUGUACACGGGGUCGAAUUAUCCCCUGCCCCAAGCUUAACGAAUCUCGACGAGGAUGAUCGGAGGAGAUGGGUCGAGUUAACGGGCCGAGAUAUUAAUUUCACGAUACCCCCCGAGGCGAGCGAUUACGGGUCAUGGAGGAAUAUGCCGAAUAAUGGCGAUUUCGAACAUAUUCACAAUAAUAGCAGUAACAAUUCGCUUUGUCAAGCCAAGAAAUUCGCUACAAGUUCGCCCGAAGGAAACAAAAGAAAGAAGGAUUCAGUGAGUGACGAGGAUUGUUUUUUGGGGGGCAUUAUAGUAAAUGGUCAGGACGACCCGACCCGCGACCAGGAAACCCCCCAGUGGCUGGCGGGGUCGAGCGGGGUGAUGAGGAGCGCGUGUGGGCCUGUGACAGCAGGCAAGACGACUUAUGAGGAUGAAAAGGGUUAUCUGAUUUUGGUCAGCCUCCCGUUUGUGGAUCGACAGAGGGUGAAAGUGUCGUGGAGGAACGCGAUUUCGCACGGGAUAAUCAAGAUUUGCUGCACGAGCACUUCACGAGCACCGGUUAUAAAGAGGCAGAACAGGACUUUCAGGCUAAUGGAUCGAGAUUCGGAGCACUGCCCGCCUGGAGAGUUUGUGAGAGAGAUUCAGCUCCCGACUCGAAUUCCGGAGAAUGGCGAGAUAGAAGCGUAUUUUGACGGGCAAGGGACUGUGCUCGAGAUAUUGGUGCCGAAGCUACAGGCAGGCCCGGAAGAACACGAGGUUUACGUGUGUGUUCGUCCUCCUCACCGUGCAGAAAGUGAACUCAUGUUGAACUGA